UUUCAGAAUGGCUGAAACUCUACAAAACAAUAAAGUAGCCCUGCGAGCAUGUAUUUUGUACGAAGUCCUCAGCAGGCAGCCAAUUUACAAUUGCUACACAAAUUUUUGCAAUAGAAUUGGAGAUGACGUCAUUGGUUAUAGGGAGUUCGAAUUUUGGUUCUAUCGGUUUUACCAAGGGAAUCAUGAGUUAGAUUCGGAAAGAAGCCUGCAUGUGGCUCUAUCAAUUUUGGAUCUGCCGGAAAAGUUGCUACAUAAAAUUGUGGACAAAUUGAAGAAUAAAAAUCGAUUAAUUGUGCGAAAAGUGUCUCGAAAAAUGAGAGAAGUUAUUGACACUCACAACCCUGGCUUCAAAACUCUAGGAUUUUUUGUGAAAAAGAAUUACACAUCAUUGCUCGUGGAUAACAUGGAAAUCAAAUAUAGCAGCGUGGGACGUGAUUGUGUCCUGAAGUAUGGACAGAAGACAAAAACAAUUAUUGGUGCAAAAUCUGUUGAUGUGGCUUUCAAUGACUUUGGAAUUAUCAUGAAGAAUCCGGCACUUCGCUUGGAAAAAUUUCCGAUUCAGCUUUCUGUUGAUGUUGAGCAAACUGGGACUUAUUUUUCAACUCUUCUUGAUGUUUUGAAAUCCUCCAUGUCUUGCCUACACGUUAAAAAGUUUCAUGGGACAGAUUUCUCCGAGGAGCAGCUUCUAUUAGUGAUCCCUUUCCUAAAAGCUGGAUAUCUUGAAAAAAUUGAGCUGCUUUCCAAUGAGCCCACAGAUCUCGAGAAAAUCGCUAAACUUGAGCAAUGGAAAAGAGCACAAGUUUUUGAUUCGUUCUGGAAGAGUUAUAAGGUUUCUGUCGAGGAUAUGCUCCAUUUCAGAGAGUUCUAUGUAAUUGUACCUUGCUUUUCAAAAGAGGAUGCAGUAAAACUGAGAGAUUUGCUCACAAAAUCAGUGGACUUCGAGAACGGGUGCUUCAAGUUCCCCGAAACCAACAUUAUCGAAAUAGUGAGAGUUUUCAUUCUGGACUACGAAGGAGAAGAACGGGCCAAAAUUGAUUAUAACGAGAAUGGCACAGAUUUUAUCUUGGACUUUAGCACAGAACACUUUCGAUUGACAAAAAAGAAGAUUGUGGACAGUGACUGAAAUUAAAUUUUAAAAAAUAUGAUUUUUUUUAAAAGUUUUUGUAUUGAAUAAAUUUGAGACAGACCGACG